UUCAAAAGAUUAAUGCCUUCAUCUUCGAAAAUUUCUAGAUGCGCCUAAUCUGUCAUUCACACCGUCCCUAAGAGAAGGUCCUCUUCUUAAGAGCACGAUGCCCGCAACAGCCCGCCACGGUCUUCGUCGUCGUCGAUUGGCAUACUCGGAUGCAAUCACAAUCAUUAUCACGGUUUCGAGAAAAAAAAAAACAUAAUGUGAUGAAUCUCUAGAAGUAGAGGAAAAUUCAAACAGUUCCCCUCGCACGGCAAGUCGCGAAGUAAUCCCUAAUUUUGGGUCGUCCUCCUCCUUUAUUGAUUGACUUCGCUCUUUGGCGAUGGCCACCACACGAACCAAUCUCCACAAGCACAGAUUCAACGCGCUCUUUGCCUCGCCUUUGCCUUUGCCAUCGCUAGAAUUUGUUGACCUUGGACCUCUUCGUGGCCCUCGAUCCUUCAAAGGGGUCUGCUUACAAAAACCUGCAGAACCUCUUCCUGAUGCUCUUGUAUUUUCCAGUUUCUUCUCCCAGAUUAUGAAGAAACUCUCUGCUUUGGGAAUGGCAAAUUGUGGUGCUCUCUCCUUUUGCCUCCAUUUCUCUUGCUUUCUUGUCCUUGCUCUGUCUCAAUCUCAGUCUGAUCAGUUCAUCUUCAAUGGAUUCAAUGGCUCCACUGAGUCCAAUAUCACCCUCAAUGGAGCCACCAUCAAGCCCAGUGGAGCUCUCAAGCUCACCAACAUUUCAAGUAAUUACAUAGGUCAAGCCUUCUAUCCUCAACCUUUUCAAAUGUUGGUCAAGAACUCCACUUCCGAUAGCUCCGUUGCUCUCUCCUUCAGCACCCACUUCGUGUUCGCCAUAAGGCCGCCGACCGAGGGCGAGGGCGGCUUCGGCCUCGCGUUUGUGGUCGCCCCCAAGACUUCCUUCCCUGAGGCCGAGGCCGAGCACUUCCUUGGCCUCUUCAAUUCCUCGAACGAUGAGGACUCGUCCAACCACAUGCUCGUGGUGGAGUUCGACACCGUGAAUGGGUACAAGGAUACCUUGGACUCCAAGGGGAACCACGUUGGGGUCAACUUCAACGGCAUGAACUCGACUGCCAGCGAGCCGGCCGCCUAUUAUACGGAUGGUUCCAACAAAGAAGAGAUUACCCUGGAGAGUGGCAAGGCUAUUCAAGGCUGGAUCGAGUAUGACGGUCUGAAGCAAUUGGUGAACGUCACUAUAUCUCCGAUUGAUAAGGUGAAACCCGAAAAACCUCUCUUGUCGGUGCCCUAUGACCUCACUUCAAUAUUUCGGGACAGCAUGUAUGUCGGGUUCUCUGCUUCGACGGGGACCAAGAGAAGCUUUCACUACGUUCUAGGAUGGAGCUUCCAAUUGAACGGACCCGCGACUCCGCUCAAUCUGACUCAGCUUCCUGUGCCUCCGGACGAGACAGAUUCAUCUUCUUACAAGCCACAGGUAAUAGCCCUCAUUGCCUCUCUUUGCGGCAUAGCUACGUGUCUUCUAGGCAUCCUGUUCUUCUAUACCGUGAUCAAGAAGAGGAGGCAGCACGAGAAUCUUGAGGACUGGGAAUUAGAUUGCCCUCAUAGGUUCAGGUACAAGGAUCUUCACCGGGCAACAAAAGGGUUCAAACAGAGCGAGGUGAUCGGGAUUGGUGGCUUCGGCGCAGUGUACCGCGGCAUCUUGCCAACUAAUGGGAAUGAAGUCGCGGUCAAGAAAGUAUCUCGAAACUCAAUACAGGGAAUGAGGGAGUUUGUGGCCGAGAUCGAGAGCUUAGGCCGUUUACGGCACAAGAACCUCGUGAAUCUCCAAGGUUGGUGCAAGCAGAAGGAUGAGCUCCUCCUCGUGUACGACUACGUGCCUUACGGGAGCCUCGAUUCGCUGAUUUUCAAGCGAAAGGACGGCUUCGUGUUGAAUUGGGAACAGAGGUUCCACAUCAUCAAGGGCAUUGCGGCUGGAUUACUGUACCUCCACGAGGAGUGGGAGCAAGUCGUGAUCCAUCGGGACGUGAAGUCCAGCAACGUCCUGAUCGACGCAGAAAUGAACGCGCGGCUCGGGGAUUUCGGCCUCGCUAGGCUAUACGAACACGGCAAGAUGUCGCAUACCACCAACUUGGUCGGAACUAUAGGGUACAUUGCCCCGGAGUUGGCCCGCUCGGGGAAGGCCUCGACGAGCUCGGAUGUGUAUGCUUACGGCAUUCUGCUGCUCGAAGUGGCCAGCGGCAGGCGUCCAACGGAUUCAUGCCAAUUCUUUCUGACGGAUUGGGUGAUAGAAUGUUACGAGACGGGUCGGAUUCUCGACGCUGCGGAUCCCAAGUUACGCUCGGCCUACGAUGCUGAGGAGAUGGAGAUGGUAUUGAAUUUAGGCCUCGUUUGUUCCCAGCACCAUGCCCAAGCCAGGCCUACCAUGAGACAGGUGAUUCGGUAUCUGAACCGGGAUGAGCCGGUACCUGUUUUUCUCAAUGAUUCGAGCUCUGCCGGCUCUCGAAGAACCGACGACGGGAGCUUGAGAUUCUUGGAAGCAGUUUCUUCCGAUACAUUCGGGACGUCUCAUGCAUCGACAUCGUCCUAUGUGUCGCUGUCCAUCCAUGGCGUCUCCUCCACUUCUUUAGGUGGUGGUAGAUGAUCGGUUAAGAACUUAUAUGUACAGAAAUGUUUUCGGACUGCCAUUUUUGGUCAGUAUAGGAUAAACACACUGCACAGACACAAAUGCAAUUAACUUGCCAGAAUUUUUCUGGUGUGUAGAUUUUAUACCAAUUGCAGUUCUCUAA